UAGAUCAUGUGAGUGGUAGUUUAACUAUGUGGGUAGUAAGUUCAACAAACCAACAUAUACAAAUUUUUUCUAUAAAUAGGUUUCAUUUUUUUCUUCAUCUCAUUCCACAUAUCAUCUCCAUUUUAAUUUUUAGUUUGAUAUUCUCAUUUUUUUUCUUUCAUUUCAAUGGCACGCCGGGAGUGGAGUGAGCAGGAGGAGGAGACGUUGUUAGAAAAUCUUAUGAGCCCAGUAGAUGUGGGAAUUUGGCAAAAUGAGAAUGGAUGCUUCAUACCGGCCUCGUUCGUAGUUUUGGAAACUCAAAUGCGAGCUUCUUUUCCCCAUGGUGGUAUUACAAAAUUUCAUAUCGAGACAAAGAUGAAGUAUUGGAAGGCAACUUGUUUCCGACUACAAGACAUGCUUCGGAUUUCCGGGUUUGGUUGGAUCGAAAAUGAAAACAGAUUGGCGGUGGAAAAUGAGGUGAAUCGACAAUUUAGAAACAUGAGGGACAUGCAAUUCCCAAUGUUUAAUUGAUGGAGCCAUUACUUCGUACGUUUCAAAGGUUGACGUUGGAUGCUUGAGAUUAUAAAUUUCCCAUGUUUAAUAAAUUCCUCAGGUUUACAUUGGACAUGCAAU